UCAAAAAAGAAUUUUACCCUCCGAUCCCUCUCCUCUCUAUUAUAAGUCCUCCCAAAAUUUUCCCGCUUCGUUCUCAGCCAUUUUAUAACACAUUUUCUCACCGUUUUCUCGGUAGGAAUAGAAAACAUCGUUUUUCGGCCAUGAUCCAUUCCAUAUCUAAACCCAUAAACCAAAUACAACGAAAUCUAAUAAACCAUUUCGUUAAAAUCCACGAACAUUCUAAAGAUUACCAUAGUUUUGGUGCCAAGAGACCAAAGACCCAAACAAACCAUGAAAACCCUCAAAAAAGACGCCCAAAAAGGUCACCCCCUUUUGUUGCAGCUAUGAGAGGCAUACAUGACCCGGAUGAAGCUUUGUCACUUUUCCAUGAAUAUUAUCAAAUGGGUUAUAAGCAUGAUUACCCUUCAUUUUCUUCUCUUAUUUAUAAGCUCGCAAAGUCUCGAAAUUUCGAAGCUGUUGAAACCCUUCUUGGCGUGUUACAAAAUCUCAACAUUCCUUGUAAAGAAACCCUUUUUUGUGCUUUGUUUCAGCAUUAUGGAAAAGCCCAUUUGAGUGGAAAAGCUGUUGAGCUUUUCCGUAAAAUGCCUUGUUUUAACUGCGUUUGUACGGUUCAGUCUUUGAAUUCGGUUCUUAAUGUUCUCGUCGAUAACGAUAGGUUUGGUGAUGCAAAGGAGAUAUUUGAUAAGUCUAAAGAAAUGGGUUUUCGUCCGAAUACGGUGACAUUCAACGUGAUGAUCAAAGGGUUGUUGAACGGGGCAGAGUUUGAUGAAGCAUGCAAUAUGUUCGAUGAAAUGCUUGAAAGAAACGUGGAACCUAGUGUUGUCACUUAUAAUAGUUUUAUAAGUUUUUUGUGUAAAAAGGGUGAGGUGGAAAAGGCUAAAAAACUAUUUGAAGAUAUGGUUAAGAAAGGGAAGUAUCCAAAUGCUGUGACUUAUGCUUUGUUAAUGGAAGGUUUGUGUUCUUUAGGUGAAUAUAAAGAAGCUAAAAAAUUGAUGUUUGAUAUGGAAUAUAAAGGUUGUAAAACGAAGGUUAUUAACUUUGGUGUUUUGAUGAGUUACCUUGGAAAAAAAGGGGAAAUUGAGGAAGCUAAAUCAUUGCUUAGUGAAAUGAAGAAAAGGAGGUUUAAAGCCGAUGUAGUGAUUUAUAACAUAUUGGUGAAUUAUCUUUGCAAAGAAAGCAAAGUUCAAGAAGCUUAUAAAGUUCUGAUUGAUAUGCAAGUUAAAGGUUGUGAGCCAAAUGCAGCUACAUAUAGGAUGAUGGUUGAUGGGUUUUGUAAUGUUGGGGAUUUUGAAGGUGCUUUGAAGGUUUUGAAUGUGAUGUUGAAGAGUCGGCAUUGUCCGCGGUCAGAAACUUUUUGCCGGUUGGUUGCGGGGUUAUUACAGUGUGGGAAAGUUGAUGGUGCUUGCUUUGUUUUGGAGGAGAUGGAGAAGAGAAAAAUAAGCCUUGAUUUAGAGGUUUGGGGAGAUUUGAUAAGGGAUGCUUAUAGUGGUGUUGGUGAUACUAAUGAACACUUAACACAAAUUAUCUUGGGUAAUUAGUGAUUUAGUUAACUCAUAAUAAAUGUUUUGAGGGUGGAUUCGAAACUGCGAGCACGGAUUUUUAUCCUUAGGCGACAACUCUUAUUACUCGGGGAAUGAGGAAUGCAAGCUCUUAAACAGACAAGGGUCGGAUUAGUUUAUUACAAUAAUAUCCUACUAAUGGUGAAAUAGAUCAAAAUUGUGCAGGGAUUCAACCAAGGUAGGCUGCUAAUGGAGGACACAAGGAAAUCGGUGAAAUGUGCAUCAAAAGUGAUUCUCUUUGUCUUUUGCUAUGCAACCAAACAAAUAAAACUCAUAACAAAUGCAAGAUCCCCCCCCCCAACACUUUUUGUUGUUGCAUUGAUCUGAAUUAAGGUAUUAAAUUUUUAUAAGCUUGAUAUCAUUUUACAUUUACUCAAGUUCAAGUUCAAGUGUCUUACGAAUUUAUUUAGAUCUUUGCCAAUGUAUAAAGAUGAUAUUUUAAAAGUCAUAUCCAUACUCAUGCUCAAAUAUAUGUAAAGUCUUCACAUUUGCCGGUGAAAAA